AUGAACAUCUGUCCCGCGGUCGGCCAACAUCCGAACGCUUGUCCAUCCCGUGCUCAACAUAGGCCGAGCCCACGUACCGAUCCGGGAAGCAUCGUCCCGCGGUCGGCCAAACCAGAAUCACACGCCCGAAGCUGCGCACGACUGUACCGCGCGAACAGGAAGGCAACGCCUCGCGGCCGCGCGGCACAACUCACGUACCGCGGCCGAUCGCGCCGUCCGACCAGGAAGGCCUUGUCCACGUCCGGCCAAAUUCUUCGACCAAAAUCAUCCGUCGGCCGAACCCGACGAACGAACGCGAAAACUCUCGGCCACGAUCGACCCGACCGUGCCGAUAGCCACGACUCGACAACCGGCCGAACGUCCCGACCGAAUGUCCGAACGGUCGGUCGACCCGAAGCCGUUUCUGAAGCCCGUUUCACACGUUUCAAGCCCAAUACCGGCACCGACUUACUAGACUUAGGUCUAGCCGCUUUCCUAUACUUAGAGCAUUAUAAAUACUUCUUUUUAGCCUUGUAA